AUGCUGUUCCUUAUUCUCCUUUUCGUCCUCUUUCCGACGGUCUCCACUUCCGGAAUGCUCCGUUUCCAAGUGACCGCGUCGAACGACUGUCUCUUCCGAAUCACCUCCGAUUCUGGCAUCCAGCAGCUCUCCCUUCCGCUCGGCGACCAUCUUUCCACCCAUUUCCGACCGCAGAGCCACCUGAAAUCACUGGAAUUCACGUUUUCGGUCGAAGGAUUGGCGGUUCCGGCUCGCAAACACGUUUUCCAACUGAUCCAUGCUCAUGGGGAUCCGCAGAGAAUCGUGCUGGAAUUCGAUCAGACCGUUGUUCUCGUCGAGUCCGAAUUCGUGUGCGACAAUGGAUUUUAUGGUCCCAGGUGUCGGAGCCAGACGGAGAAAAAGACUUCUACUACUAUUUCGGUCCCUUCCACUACUUCUGCUGGACCCACCGGAUCCACUGAUUCGAUCGAGGGUUCCAUGUCCUUCGCAACCCUUCAUCUGGCCUUCGUCGUCUUUUCCGUGGUCCUGCUCGUCGCCGUCAUCAUCCUGGUCCUGAGAAGUCGAAAGUCAAAGUCAUUGAGCGGCAAGAUGAUCCAAUAUUUGGAAAAUCAUAAUAAUAACAAUUGUUCUAACCCCUCCUCUAUUGUAUAA